AAAAAGAACAACGCAAAUGAACUUCUGAAACAGAUGGAGGAGCACAGACAUGUUGACGAACUAGAGAAACGCGCUAACUAUAGAGAGGGUGAAGAAAUCAGAAGACUGACCAGACUGUUUGAGUGGGAAAUGGGCAAGCUGGCUAAACUGAAAUGGGAUGAGAAACAAGAAAUAAUGAAAGCCCAUUUGGCACAUGUUACAGACAGAAACUUGCUUAGAGAGUUUGAAAAACAGAAGGAAGAAGAGAAUGAUGACUUGGUACGUCGCUUCAUUCUUGCAAAAAAAAAAAAUGUCCAACUUGAAAAAAGAAAGAGAGGAUGAAUUGCACAGGCAAACAGUGGAACGCAGGGAUCGAAUCACUGAACUGCUGGCGGCACAAAUGAAACAGAAAGUUGAUGAUGAAGAGGAAUGCAUAGCAAAAGCUGUAGCAGAAAUUGAAGCAAAAAAAAAAAAAGAAACACAGGAAAAAGAAAAAAAGAUAAAAGCAGAUAUCAAGGCUAUCACU